CAGCCCUGCAACACAGGAAAAAAAAACUGUAACAUACUUCUCUUUUGAGCUGCGGCGGCGGCAGGCAGGGCAGGAGGAGGGUUCAGAUGAGCGCACAACCCCUCAACCAGAGCCACAAGACAAGCUGACCUGCCACUGACACUCACUCACACAUGCACCCUUGAUUGCCUCCAACGCACUCUGCUGGAAAGGCGAGAAGAGAUAUCAAGAAGACUGGGCCUAGUGAAAAGAAGAAAGAACAGGAGAUUUCCAUGCAAGAUGUGCCAUGUUUUCUUAAAGGGGGCUGCUGAAGAGACUUAUGGCUUUAGCAGAGAGACUUGUGGGUAUUAACAUCCAACCAUCAUACAUAUUUCUGAUGCAAAGUGAAGAAAAAACAUCACAAGAUUCCAGGAACAAUACAACCAAGAUAGAAGACUUCAGUGGGGAUGUGAAAGGAAGACGAAUGAAUACCUCUGGCUGUUUCUUCUCAUUUUACCAUUUGGAACUUUAAGUGCAGCUACGUCCUUGUCCUUGGAUGGCAGUUCAGUGGGUCACAUAAUGAUCUACUGGGGCCUCAGAGGCAAAGUUGGCAAAAAAAAUCUGAUCAAAAACAUGGAAAGCCUGAAGCAUACUUAAUGAUAGACAGCCUUCAGCAGGAAAACCUAAAAGUUUACAGUGAAUUUUAGAUCCAACUACCCUGUUGCUGCUACCCUUCUUGAACCUCCAGAAUUUUAUGCAGUGUGUCUCUUAAGCUACAAGUCCUUCACCUCACAAAGAACAUGUCCGCUGAGGUCACUUUGGAGCGCCAGAAGAAGACCGACCCGAGAGCCAAGCCCACGUCUGCUCCAGCGGUCCCUCCGCGUGUCCCCACGGUCGCCCUGAUCAGUCACAGAGAGCUGAGGGAUAAACAUGCUGCCCACAGACUCCAGCCCAGGAGCCUCGAUCACAACCUGGCAGCCAGCAGCCAUUACAGAUGUAGCGAAGGUAGCAGAGUGCAGAAGGUUGGAACAAUGCCAGAUUCACCUGCGGAUGUGAAAACCCAGCCCAGGUCCACCCCACCCACUAUGCCUCCUCCACCCCCGGCUGUCAGCCAAGCAACCAAUCGCAAUGCUUCAUUCACCCCUACCACCAGUAAAUCAAUGCUGAAUGGGAGCAGCCACUCUCCUACAUCGCUAAAUGGUGCUCCGUCCACUCCCAACGGCUUUAGCAACGGGCCGGCCAUGUCCUCGACGGCUUCAUUGUCCAACCAACAGCUCCCACCAGCUUGCGGUGCCAGGCAACUCUGCAAGCUGAAGCGUUUCCUGACCACGCUGCAGCAGUUUGGCAACGACAUAUCACCCGAAAUCGGAGAGAGAGUGCGCAGCCUUGUGUUGGGACUGGUGAACUCCACUCUCACCAUUGAAGAGUUUCACUCCAAACUUCAUGAGGCCACCAACUUCCCUCUGAGGCCUUUUGUCAUUCCUUUCCUAAAGGCAAACCUGCCCCUGCUGCAGAGAGAAUUGCUCCACUGUGCCAGACUGGCCAAACAGACUCCAGCUCAGUAUCUGGCCCAACAUGAGCAGUUGCUCCUGGACGCCAAUGCCAGCUCGCCCCUCGACUCCUCCGAGAUCAUGCUGGAGAUGAAUGAGCACGGCAAGAGAAGGACCCCUGACAGGACCAAAGACAGUUCAGACAGAGAUGGGUUGCACCCAGAGCACCUGGCAAAGAGGCCUUGCACCAUCAGCCCCAGCCAACGCUUUAGUCCCAGCACGGGUCUUCCUGCUCACCCAAAUCCCAACGGUCUCUCUACACACCCUCCGAACGGCCUGCCCCACCCACCCAACCCCCAAGUUGGACCCCAGCACUAUCGCUUAGAAGACAUGGCCCUGGCACACCAAUACAGAGACGCUUACAGACACACCGAACACCGCGACACCCGAGACAGGCACCGGCAGACAGCAGUGCACGGAGCCCGUCAAGAGGAGGUGAUCGAUCACCGUCUUACAGAUCGAGAGUGGGCAGAGGAAUGGAAGCACCUUGAUAACCUCCUGAACUGCAUCAUGGACAUGGUAGAGAAGACACGGCGCUCUCUGACAGUGCUGCGCCGCUGCCAGGAGGCCGACCGGGAGGAGAUGAAUCACUGGAUUCGGCGGUACAGCGACGUGGAGGAGAUGAAAAAAGGUGGGAGCAACGGACAGCAUUGCCUUCCUCCUCCUCCUCCUCUACCUCCUCCUCCUCCUACUCCUCACCACAACUCCUCCUCCAACACAGCUAGCAGCAGCGAGUCACUGCCCAUAGGAACUUCCUCGGCUGCUGAAAGGCAGACAGGCAGACAGACAGAGAUCCACCGAGACUUCUUACACAGGCCUCCCUCAGGAUACCUGCCAGAAGAAAUCUGGAGGAAAGCUGGUACUACAAGCAUCCCGCUCUCCCCAGCGCUAAAGCACCUCCAAAACAAGCAGGAAGAGGCUGUGAAUGAGGUGAAGCGACAGGCAAUGUCGGAGCUGCAGAAGGCGGUGUCGGACGCUGAGAGGAAGGCUCAUGAGAUGAUUUCCGCGGAACGCUCGAAAAUGGAGAGGGCGCUGGCCGAAGCCAAGAGGCAAGCCUCCGAGGAUGCACUAACAGUCAUCAACCAGCAGGAAGACUCCAGUGAAAGCUGCUGGAACUGCGGGAGGAAGGCCAGUGAGACGUGCAGCGGCUGCAACACGGCUCGCUACUGCGGCUCCUUCUGCCAACACAAAGACUGGGAGAAGCACCACCAUGUCUGUGGUCAGGGCCUGCAGGGAAUGCCAGGAGGCAGCAGCGUCCCCCUCGGCAACCCCUCUUCCUCCUCGGCAUCCUCCAGCGCGCCCCCCACCCACUCCGAGAGCACUCCUCCAGGACCCCUUUCCCUGGUAGGCCAGAGCAGUAUUGGCGGAGGGGCUGGCAGUGGCAGUGGAAGUGUCUCCGCAAGCCCAAAAGAGAGCAGUUCCAGCAGUGCCUCUCGCUCCACAACUCCAGCUACCCCCGCCCUACUGGAAGCCACCUCUCGCUGACGUCCGACCUCUUGUCCCUUUUCCCUGCAAACUGAAGUGACAGUGCCCACACUCCACACAAAACCAAACUGAGGAAUCUUCAUCGCACACCGCUCCCCUUCCUCCUCCCCCUGCUUCAAUCUUUAUUUCCCUCUUAUCCUAAGCUCUUCUGAAAAUCUUCUCACUACCUUAUAGCGACUACUUUUCUCACCUUCCCCCUAAAAAAAAUUAUUUUCUGUCUCUUUUACAACAACGGCCAUGGAUACAAAGAUUCCAGUCUGGGGUUCACCUUAGUGUAAAGCAUGAAUAGUGCAGUGUCUCCUAUCUCUGUAAUAGAAACAUAUCAGAUGUGUUUGCUGAGAACAUGAGCUUUGCUUUGAGGAUGUGCUCUCAGUAAUGUAAGCACGGUGAACACAGUACACGUAAGGACGCAAGAUAAGGCAGCAUUGAUGGGGAUGACUAGGCCGAAUUGGAUAGGAUUUCCCUUUAAUUUAGCACCAAUGAAAGAACAUGUGCACUAAAAGUCCAAACAGUUCACUCACGUGGCACUUCUUCGACAGUGUCCCAAUGGAGACAGGCAAGGAACCUAAUACAUUUUAUCAAAUGUACAAGGGAAGGGGUAAAACCAGUGAUGUGAUUUAUUCCUCAGAAACACAGCUUAGUAUUUAUGAAAUGUUUCUUUCUGGCUUUAACGGAAAAUAAAGAAAAGUCCAAAUAUUCUAAAUAAAGAAUAAUAGUGAUGAUGAUGCUGAUGCUGAUGAUAACAGUAAUGAUAUGAAAAUAAAUUAAUUUUAAACUGCUAACUACCUUGCUAGCGAGCCAAGAAAAUCUACACCGGACUCACCUCUCUGUACCAUUGUGAACCCAAAUGAAUUCAAAGAUGAAAAAAAUAACAUGAUCCAAACCUUUGUAUUACACUGCCAAAGUGAGUAAGUAAGCGAUAAAGUGAAGCACUCAUCUUAUAACCAAACGCAAAGCAACAUCACCUCCUCAGCAGAUAAGCCAGCCCUGAGAGGACCAGGACUGCAGAGGAGCUGCAGGACGGAACCCAGAGUCGGACAUUAAAAAACAAACAAAAAAAACCCAACAACAUGCCUGUGACCUGUUUUGAUCCGCAGCUUCUUCCUGCAGUCUCGAGAAAAACUACAGCGAUUCCUCAGAGAUGGCCCAGACUAGUGAAUUAUGGACAAUGCUGUGAACUUGCCUACAAGAAAGACUUAAUGAAAUGAAUGGAAAUCCUGCAACAGUGUGUGUGUGUGUGUUGUUUUUUUUUUUUCUUUUUUUGUGAAUGGUAGAGAGGACAAAGAGAAAAAAACAGAGGAAAGGAGGAGCUACACAGCCUCAAAGGAGAUGAAGAUACAUACACGGCAACGGAGCUGCCAAAACAAACAAACAAAAAAACCCUCAACACAAGCUUGAAAACAUUGUCCAAGAAGGCAUUUUGCAUACUAUGGAGACGUAUGAGAAGAUUGUUUGUAAGUUUGUUUUUUUAAAAGCUCCACAAUGAGGAGAUAUUUCAAGGAGUUGCUCUUUAUCUUUACAUCCACUCCCUCCUUUUUUCCCCCCCAAAGCAUGAUAAACAGAUGAAAGAGCCUAGUAAAGGGUGGUGUAGACUUUGUUCUCCUCUGUCUUUCUACCUCCCCUCGCCCCACACACCUCCCCCUUCUACGCUCGUCCCUCCCCCCCAACUACUUGACUCAAAUCUGCCCCCUGAUCCCAGCCUGCUUUGGACAGCGCCACAGAGCAGCCACGGGGGUCGGGUCAAACCUGCUUGUAGAUAUUGUUCCUCCUUUCAUUUUUCAAUAAUGUCUCUUGUUGCUGAUGUCCACAUGUGCUGCCCUUGUGUAUAUCCAAGAAAGGUGGACUUUGUUUUGGAUUUCGUUACCUUUCAUUUCCCUCCUUUAUAAGUACGGGCUGAGCAGUGAAGACAGAGCAAGGACACUUGUUUGUGAGAGGAAGCCCCACAUUGUACUUAUUGUUUGACUUUUUUGUAUCUAUAUUAAUGAGAUGAAACCCCUCUUGUAGAAUAUUUUCUAUUGCUCGCAUUGUAAGACAGUGAGAGGACAGAGGUGCAAUAUGAAGAGAAUUCAGCUACUGAAUUGAACCUCAGCAACUGCCCAUAGGGUGUCAUAUAAUAUAGAUACAUAUAAAUAUAUUUAAAGUAACAUCAGUAACUUAAUGUGAAUGUACAUAGUAUUUAAAGAGGUCCAAAAAUGUGUUUGCCAAAUAACAGAAACCUUUAAAGUUUAACGUCCAGAAUAUGAGUUUCUCACAGUGCAUUUGUUUCUCAAAUUGAUCAACAUCUUUUUUUUCUCCUCUCUCAUAAACACUUUUCUUCAAUUUUCACUUUAAUCAAAGUGUCAUGUGACCUUAAGUGGAGGAGACUGUUGGUAACAGAGGUAAAAUAGCUCCAUCCUGCAGGAGGGGACUCAGCAGUGUGUGUUCGAUAGAAAGGCCCAAUAUAGUCGAUAGUUUAAAUAGGGUUAGAAGUCAGUUUUAAAAUUACGUCAUUCACGCCAAAUGUAGGAAUUGUCCAACUUGACAUAACAUCUCUUGUGUUCUGUUUCUUACCUUUUACCUCAAGCACCACUAUAGUGAUCUUCUCUCUUGGUCCUCAGUCCGUAUGCGUAUGGAGUGUUUGCCCCCCCCCCCGGUGGUGCAGGACAAGCCGUUGCUGUAGGAAUCAGUGAUACACCAGUGUUAAGCUACAGUCAAGUAAUUUUAAUGCCCGAUCUUUAAAAACGUUUCUUUCUAAAGAAAAACAUGAUUAUUGUUUAUUUGUAAAGAUGCAAUCUGAGCAUAAGCUGAAAAUCUGUCACUGGUCUAUAAUUAUUUCCAGGCCAAAAGAGUAGCAUCACAUUUUUCUUUCCCACAUGCUCCAGCAAUAACCUAUUGUAAACAACAGUCUCAAGGCCUUUAAAAACUUUGUUUUAUAUGGAUCAUAGUAAACCCUACAUGAUUGGCCUCAUUCACACUUGGACCAAACUUGGGAAAAGAAAAAAAAAAUCUGUAGUGGGAGGCAUUGGAAAACUUCCUUUUUUAUUCAUCAACAGAUAUAUAUAUAUAAAGGAGAUUACCAGAGACCUGCAAUUCAAGUGAGAUAAGCUGCAAGGUACCCCUGCAUCUGUGUGCAGCGUCUAUGCGUUUUACAAUGACCAUGUUAUGAUGUCGACCUCAGCCAAUCUGUGUAACUUUCUCCUUCUCCUCUGACGUCUGUUUUCCUCCACUUCUACCACAGACCACGCUUCACAACUCCCAUCCCCCCAACUACAACUCCUCACACUAGCUACCUCCUGUGACCAUACAGCUAACCGCCAGGAGAGGUUGACCUGGACUUUGAAAAGCUGGGCUGAGAGCAGACACGGAAGCACAUUCAAAAGUAACUCUGAAAAUUCUUCAAAAAGAAAAAAAAAACACAAAACAAAAGAAGGAAUUGUCAUUACUAAUGUUGUGGAAAAAUAUUUAUUCCCACCAGACCGCACCUUUUUGAUCACAUCGCACUAAAAAAAAAACAACUGAUUCUGCUGGAAUUUAACAACAGGCACGCAUAUAGUCAGACUUGCAUAUUACCAAACUCAAUACAGAAUCAACCAUGACAUGCCAUUUGUUGUCCAAAACCAAUAAAAGCACAGACCAAAGUACUCCUGCAUUGCCAUAGUAGGCUUUGACACGGUGUGAUUAUAAGACCAGAAGUAAUAAGGUUAGAGCUCCACUAUACCACUUAACCAAAGUGUCUGGAAUACACACAUUCAGAGCCCAGGAGUGAAGAGCACGCUCAAUGAACUGGCUGAGUUUCACAUGUGUAGAAUUCUUAUUCAAGUAAUCAAAGUGCUUGUUGUCUACAUAUUGAACAGUGCUUCUCCAGAAAAAACAAAAACAAUAGAAGCAUCUCCUUUUAAAAAUCCUACUGUGUGUUCUUCCAGUUGCAAAGCCUUGCAGAGAUAAAGUGAAUGCAUGGUGUGUGUAUGUGUUUGCGUGUGUGGAUGAUGGUGGUGGUGUGUGUGGUUUUGUAAAAUAUAUCUUUUGUCUGUAUGCCUCUGUACAAACUACUUGAAACCUUCAGAGCUUUAAUGAAACAUCCGAGACAGACUAUAGUGGCACAUCGAUUCACAAUAUGUAGUGGCAGCUUUGUGCAGUAAAGUACCGUGUUUUUCUACAAUAUCAAAAACGGCAUUGGGAUGACAAUUCCAUUUAACUCUUGAGUGCUUUGUGUGUGCCUCUGUGUCUGCAAGAAAGCCCUCACGUAAACUAAACAAAGCCAAACCCAACAGACCACUUAUAAAUGACCAAAAUGCAACCAAAAGCUACAACUUUUCUUCUUCAGAUUUCACUUUGGUUAAGGUUUUUGUGCUGCAUCCCAGUGGUGGAGGACAUGUGUGGGACGUGAGGCUGCAGUCCUGCAAAAAAAAAAAAAAAAAAAGUCCUUCACUGAUUUCACUGGGCAGCAGGAUGCAAAAGAUCAGAUCAUUGCUCCGUUCAGCUGGAUGUAAGACUCAUUAAGUCAUGAAACAGAUGCAAUUUAUGCUGUGGUGUCAUUUACUUUUCUCUGUGAAGAUAUUAUAGAAGGCAAAUGCAUAAGGGCUCUGCUGUUGUGGAUACCAUCCAAGGGUCUCCAAACACUUUUACAUCAGCCACUUUUCUAUUCCUUUAACUAUGUACAUGAUGUGGGCAAAACACAUGUUAAGAAAAGACAAAUAUUAGCAGGUUGGCAUUUGUCUCUCCCUACCCCAACCUUAAACUCUGCCAAUGACGUUUCAAAGCUCAUCUGGUGUGAUGGUGACAUGUCCUUCCUGACCCUCCGAUUAAAGCUACAGUAGAAAGCUAAGGUGGCAAACGGUGGAUACUGCACUUGUUUUCCCCAAAGCCAUGGCUCAGGAUGGUCUUGUUUUACCUUUACAUAAACGGGGAAAAAAAGGUCUAUGGUUUUAUAUGUGUAGGGAAGCAUUCUAUACUGUAUUGUGCAAUACAUUAUUACAGAAAAAACACGUUUCUGUAGGAAAGGUUGGCGCUUUGAAGAUUUUUCUCCUUUUGUUUAAUUUCCCUCUUCAAACAAUCCUGUUGCCAUUUUUAGAUGAAGUAAACUGUGCCAGAAGAAUUAAAUUCUGAUUUGUAUUUAUUUCUUGCAUGCUUUCCUCCCUGUUGCUAAUACCGCUCUUUAACUGUUCGCUCUGUUGGAUGUGUGAAGCUGUAAAACAUUCUAUUUCAGGUUAUUGUCUGUGUUGAACAAUGUACUGUGUAAUUAAAACAUGAAAUGACGUAUUCA